AUGGAUCUGAAAUCCAAAGAAUCUAGCGAGGAGGCUGAAUCAGAAGAAGAGAAAGAGGAGGAUACCGAUGAAGCUAUUUAUGAAGACGAUGGACCUGAAAUUGAGGAAGAGAACAUUGUGCAAAUCGAAAAAGAAACUCACAGACUAGCUAUUGUGAACAUGGAUUGGAGACAUGUCUCGGCCAAAGACUUGUACGUAGUUUUGAAUUCAUUUCUCCCGAAAGAUGGCCGCAUUGUGUACUAUCAUGCUGUUGCUGUAUGUGAUUCAAGUGCUACAGCAGAUUACUUGUACAAAUCAUGUGAUGGAAUUGAGUUUGAGAGAUCAUCUAACAAGCUCGACUUAAGAUUUAUUCCCGAUUCCAUGGAAUUCAAACAUCCUCCUCGUGAUAUUGCAACCGAGGCACCUGCUAAGUAUGAAGGUUUAGAUUUUCAAAGUCGAGCACUGCAGAUGAGUAAAGUUAAUCUUUCUUGGGAUGAAGAUGAGCCACACCGCAUUAAAACCUUAAAUCAGAAAUUCAAUACUGAUCAGUUGGCAGAACUUGAGCUGAAGGAGUUUUUAGCUUCUGAUUCUGAUGAGAGUGAAUCUGAUGAUGACAAUAACAAAGAAGGUAUUAACCAGAAUAAAGAGGAGAAGAGGAAAGAAAAGUACCGAGCUUUAUUUGAAUCUGGAGACGGUGAUUCUGAUAAAGACGAGGAGGAUGAUGACAAUGACCAGAAUAUGGAGGUAACAUUCAAUACCGGGUUAGAAGAUCUGAGCAAAAAGAUUCUUAAAAAGAAAGAUGAGAAGUCGGAAACUAAUGCAGGAGACGGUAAUGGUCUUAAAGGGUAUAACAUUAAAUGGAAAGGUAAAAAAGGAAGCAAAGAGAUGGCAGAAGAGAAGGUACCUGUGGCUGAUGUUGAGAAUGAUCCGAGAUUCUCAGCUCUAUUCACUUCGCCUCUCUAUGCUUUAGACCCUACGGAUCCUCAGUUUAAAAGGAGUGCGACUUAUGCAAGGCAAUUAGCACACAAGCAAAAGGAUGAUCCAGAAAGCCACGGCGAAGUGGAAGCUACGACAAGAAAGGCGAAAGCAGAGUCGAGUACAGACGGUAACUCGGAGGCUAAGAAGACGAAACACGAGAUGUCUUCUGCUAUCAAAUCGUUGAAGGUGAAGAUGCAGCAGAAAAAUUCGGACAAGAAAAAAGCGGAAAAUGCAGUGUCCUCCUCCACCCUGUCUCAGCGACUUAAGAAGAAAGCCAAAGAUUUAUCAGAAAAGUGA